AUGACACUCAAAUCUACGGCAAAGCUUGAGAACCUUUCAAGAAAUUUGGCCGAUAACAGCACAUUGGCUGAGGAAGCUGCCAAAAAAUUAGAUUCAAAUGUUAGCUUUGAUGUAUUUAAUAAAAAAGGAGAGAAGGUCAAAUGGAUCUUAUACGCUAAAAAAGGGAAGAAAGUGGAGUUGACUAAAUUUGGAAACAGCGAUAGUCAAUCUGCGGAAGAAUCUGAUAUUAAGAUACGCAUCAGUGACCUGAAUUUAAUAAAGCUAAUUAGGGGUAAGCAAAGUGCACAAAGACUCUUCAUGGCAGGAAAAUUGAAAAUAAAAGGUAAUGUCCUGAAAGCAGCGUAUAUUGAAAAAUUACUAAAAUAUGCUGGACAGGAAAAAGCAAAGCUUUGA